AUGUCUUUGACGAUCGAUCCACCUGCGGCUUCGAUCCCGGCAUCUGGUGGAAACUCUGCACACACGUUAGCUAAUGCUGGUGAAGUGAAAGUGAUCUUUAAAGUAAAAUGCUCAAACAACAAUGACUAUCGUUUGAAACCCGUAUUUGGAUUCGUUGAUCCGGCUGGACAAGCACCUCUUGAAAUUAUUCGAACUGUGAGUAUUUUUCUUUAUUUUAUAAGAGUUAGAAGAGGAGCGGUCAGUGCUCAUGCAGGUUUCAUACUUCUGAUGCACUGA